CGAAAUAAAAGGAAAAAAAAACUCUGUAAGAGAUCUCCACAAGAACCGUUCUUGGCUAGUCUUCAUAUCAUGUAACGACCACACAACUUUCCCAAUCUAAUAAUAGCAUCAACCCUAAUGCAUGUAACCAACCCAAAACCUCUUUCAACGAUCUCCCUUUCACCACCUGUCCAUUCCACAAUUCCCAGGGCGUCCCAAGAUAACUACUGCCAUUCCUCUCAUCCGAACAUGCUGCGACCGACCCAUAUAACAGUAAGGAACAAUCCUCACUCAUAAUAAUCCCACCACCACCAUCUCCUCUCUCCCCCAGUACCCCCUGUCCCCCCCGCGGCGCAGCAGCACGCCAUGGGCAUGGGCGCCACCGACCCGCCCGCGCCGCCCCGCUCCAUCAACCUGUCGAGCUGUGUGCCGUCCACAUCCCCUUCCCCCUCCCCCUCGUGGCCUGCGCCGUCGUCCGGCCGGCGCCGCGGCGGCGGCGGCACCGUCGCGGCGGUCCAGCGGCUGCAGCUCGCGGCGCGCGACGCCGUCCCGGGCGUCACGCAGGGCUGGUGGUGCGGGCACCGCGCGUGGCGGAAGCUGCUCAGGCGGCUCGCGCAGGAGACCAGGUGCAUCUGCAGCUCCCCGGCCGCGGCCUCCAGGCAGCCCAUCACGUUCGGCUACGACGCCGCCAGCUACGCCAAGAACUUCGACGACGGCCUGCGCCGCCCCGCCCUCUGUCCGCCCUACGCCGUCGUCGUCGCCAAUGCCGCCGCCGAUAAGUCGGCCGGCCUCUGACUUCGGCGCCGGCAAUUUUUUUGAUCUCGUGGUCUUAUUUCGAAUGUGUAGAUGCAUAUGCUCUCUGAUGUGCGCUUAUUUCGAAUGUGUUUUUUUUGUUGCUGCUUCUUUCCGUUUCCUCUGUUUCCAGCGCAUCGUUGGUUAUGAUCUUCAAUUGGUGCUGUAAUGGCUGCACCAAUUGUCCACUGCCCAUGGACCCCCCUAUGCAUUUUUGUAAUUUGUACAUAGAGUGGAGAUAACACGAGUGGAGUUUGGCCAAAUCAAAUGUACCUUCUGCAUUGUGGUUUAUAUACAUGCAUGGCUCCAAUCUGA